AUGACUGCGGCAUCUGAGGCACCAGGCCACUUUGACACGCUGAGCAAGGAUGAGGAGGCCAAGCUGAAGGAGAUUUGGAUGCACAUGCUGAGAUUCUGGGGCACGCCGGUCACGGUGUCUGAACAGCGUCCUGCUGCUCAGUCCCGGUCGUCGACGAAGGCGUCGCUGAACGGGUCGUUGAGCGAGGAUAAGCCGAAGAAGAAGAAGUUUGGGUUCCUGCGUAAGGGCAAGAAGUCACACAGCUCGCAUAGUGAAGAACAGGAGCUCGCGUUGACGACGACGAGAACGAGGGAAUCGAUUGAGUCGGGAUACACGCACAAGAUGAUCCAUGAGUCGCUGAAAGAUUUACAGCCGGAUGACAUCUACAAGAACUUUUGGGAGUUUUUAAGAACAGAUACGCCGGACAACUUGAUGCUGAGAUUCCUGAGGGCCAGAAAAUGGGAUACCGAUAAGACAAUGGCCAUGUUCAGCUCAACGUUACACUGGAGGGCCAAGGAGAGUAACGUUGACCAGCUGCUGUGGGAGGGUGAUCUGAAACCGUUCCAGGAAGACGCCAAUUCAGGGUUUAUCCUACAGUUGAAGUUGUCGAAGGCAUACUUUAGGGGUGUUGACCGUGAAGGGAGACCAAUUGUCGUCAUUAGACCUAGAUUGCACCACGCAAACGAACAGACUGAGAAAGACUUGGAAAGAUACACCUUACUUGUCAUUGAGAUCUGCAGAUUGGUCUUGCAAGAGCCAGUCGACUCUGCGUCCAUUAUCUUUGACAUGUCAGGGUUCUCCUUGGCCAAUAUGGAGUAUGCUCCGGUGAAAUUCAUGGUUGGUGUCUUUGAGGCCCAUUACCCUGAAUCCCUGGGUAGACUAUUCAUCCACAAGGCCCCAUGGGUGUUCCCACCGAUUUGGAACAUCAUCAAGAACUGGUUGGAUCCCGUCGUUGCAUCCAAGAUCCAUUUCACCAAGAACUUGAAAGAUUUGGAGAAGCACAUCGAGAACAAGUGGAUUCCAAAGGACAUUGACGGUGGUGAUCAAUUCCAGCCAACUUGGAUCGAACCAAACCCUGAAGAUGACAAGCUGAUGUUGGACACAGAGACAAGGGAUAAGAUCAAAAAGGAGCGUGAAGAGUUGGUCCAGCAGUUCAUCGACGCCACGGUAAGAUGGAUCGAAUCUACAAACGAUGAGGAGAACAACAAGUGGAGAGAAGAGAAGCGCAAAUUGGGUAAGGCAUUGGCUGCAAAUUACAUCCGUUUGGACCCAUAUAUCAGAUCAAAGAAUAACUUUGAUAGAAUGGGAUUAUGGAGAAUGUUACCAUGGCAAUCGACAAAGAUUAAUACCCAUACUGAGGUGUUCAAGUGUCCAUCGACGGCCAGAAUGGAGAUAUCCCGUGUGAUACGACAGUUCCAGGACCCGUCGCUCAAGGCUACGGAUGUUUUAUCAGAAGUGGACCAUCUACCCAUAAGGGAACAAGGGCUGUCGUCCAAUGACUUGGUGAUUCUCAUUGGAGUGCUCACUGAUGCGAGUUCAGCACUGACAUCUGGCCAGAGGAGCAGGAUCAUACGGUCGUUUCUGUACUUCAAGGGACAGGUGCCCAAGGAAUGUGUUUACAUGAUCUGUUCCUCGUUAGGUAAUUCAAUUACCAGCAAGAAGAAGAUAUCGCAUGGGGUGCAAAGCGCAUUAUUGACAUGGCUAAUAGCCGUGUAUGCUUUCAUUGAACCUGAAGUGAUUGAUAGAAUAUACGGGCUGCUGUUCAAUUACUUGGAGUACUCGUAUAUUCGGCCACAAGUUGCGCAUCUUCUAUUCUUAGCGACAAAGAGACAUCACGUCACAGAGGUUAGGAUAAACAGGCUGCUCAAGCUGCACCAGAAGAGCUCGUCAGAGCAUAUAAUCGCACUAGCACUAUCAUACAGGGAAUAUAAAUAUCAGGAUAUCCUGGACACCUUCCCGAGGGUGAAGAGCUCGGUGUUCCGUCACCCAGAUGAAAUGUACUUGAACGAACUCAUAAAACUCAGAGGCGGAGAUUCCAGUGCUGUGAAACAGGAACUGAUGUAUAUGGACCAAUUUAGUACGCAACUGAAACGCAGAAAGCAGCAGUCAGCUUUCAACAGGAUCAAUUAUAGACCAUCAACUUCGACAAUGUGCUUGCAAAACGUUACAAACACAGCAGAAUUUGUUCAAUGCCUGGACACUUUGGAAUUGUCCAAAGAUUGGGGUUUAGUCCUAGGAGACUCAUCAAACUUCUCUCUUAUCCUUUUAGCACUGAGACAUGACCCACAUGAGCUUCAAGGAUUGAACAAUUGGAUUGCUGUGCUACUAAGAGACUUCCUCUUUACUCCACGUUCACAGCAGAGAACUCUGCUGGAGAACUUACAAAGAUAUGUGUUAUUCACAGGUGAAGUCCCAUCAGCAGUCCUGGAGUUCCUGCUAAACAACGAAGAUGUUUCAUCCUUGAUUAAAGAGCAUGGCUCUUUUAUAUGGAGUUUCUUUGAAACCUUGGGGUCUUCAAACAUGAACGAUUUGGAAUCACUGGUGGAUAAAUACAACAAAUCUUGUUUCAAUUGGGAAAUAUCAUGCAUUUGUGAGUAUCUAGAGUCACUAGCAAGACUGCUGAGAAGGGCAUUUGAAAUAGGAGACCAAGUUUCAAGGUUUUCGGCAAUCCUCCACAGUGUUAUUAGAUCGAUCCCUAAGAUCUUACAAGUGACACAGUACAGUGGAGUUGUUGGUUUAUCUGUCAUUGGGUUUAUCAGAUUUUUCCAAACGGUGAAGAAUAAGGACACUCUCAGAGUGGAGGAUAUUGUACUGCCACAGUCCAUCAUCUACACUUUGUUGUUUAUGGAUAAUCCAGUAAUAUUCUCAGAGGUUUGCAGCCACUUGAACUUCUGCAAAUCUAUACUGAAGGAUGCAGAGCCAUCAGUUGAAGUGACAGCAUUGACAAAUCUUCAUAACUCCUAUGUUGUGGAUAUCUGUAAUCUCACAUGGAGAAACAAGGCUUUCGAGCUUGGGAAGAACUCACAGACGGCAUGUGGACUGAGCCUUGCCUUUACGUCGUCGUUUGCAAAUAACUUCCCACUAUUUGAUAGUCAUUCAAACUUUAGAUCCUUGUUCAACUUACACCAUGCUCCAGCUUUUGCAUCAAUCACUGCUCGAAUCUUAAGACAGAUCGAAGACAACGAGCCAGAGUGUGAAACUAGGCAUGAAGGUCCACUUACAGCAACCUCUGUAGUGGAGUUAUUGGAAUCUGAGGAUUCCAAGUGGUUAACAACAGAUUAUGAGAGCUUGAGAGUGGACAUACUGAAGGAACUCGGAAAGCUAGGGUAUGUUGGACUUGCGGAUCUAUUAUUCUCCCACCUGAAAAGUCUAGUGGAUAAGCGUUGA